AAUCUAAACCGACUAUAAACAGAACCUCCCACCUAGGACACACAACCCCACCCACCUACAACAGAAGAAUAUAAAACCCUUCAGCACUAUCAAUUGUUACAUUGACUUGCUGUGAGUCAGCUUUCUGGGAAGUGAAAAAAAACUAAACCUUUUUCAUAUUGGGUUCUAAAGAGCAAUGGAUUUUAGGACAACUGCAAAUGAUAUACAUAUAUCUCCUCAGAUAUGUCAAGAUGAAGAAGAUUAUGAUCAAAGCAAAAUGCUGAAGGAGAAGGUCAUUGCUCUGCAGAAUGAGGGAGGACAUUUGAAUAGCCAUGGGCACAACUCUUUGGACUUUUCCAGUAUAUUUGCAUCAGAUUUACUCCCUGCAAGAAAUGGAGACAAAUACACUGAAGGCUUUUUGCUAGAAAUUUUUGAUAUUCUCUUUAAUUAUAUAAAGAGGACAUUUGAUGGGAAAAGUAAGGUACUAGACUUCCAUCACCCUCAUCAGCUGUUGGAAGGUUUGGAAGGAUUUAAUUUGGAAUUAUCUGAUCAGCCAGAGCCUUUGGAACAAAUCCUUGGUGACUGUCGGGAUACCCUAAAAUAUGGGGUUAAAACAGGACAUCCUCGGUAUUUCAACCAACUUUCCAGUGGACUUGACAUGGUUGGACUAGCUGGUGAAUGGUUGACUGCAACUGCUAACACAAACAUGUUUACAUAUGAAAUUGCACCAGUUUUUAUUGUUAUGGAAAGGUUAUUGAUCAAGAAAAUGCAUGAGCUGAUUGGGUGGAAAGAAAAUGAAGCUGAUGGAAUAUUUUCCCCUGGUGGAUCAAUCGCUAACCUAUACAGUGUUCUAGCAGCACGCUACAAGUCUUAUCCAGCUGUAAAAACAAAGGGAAUGGCAGUGCUACCUAGGAUUGUCCUUUUUACAUCGGAACAUAGCCACUAUUCUUUUGAAAAAGCAUCUGCAGUCCUUGGCAUUGGAUCAGAGAAUGUGAUAACAGUUACUUGUGAUGAAAGGGGAAAGAUGAUUCCAUCUGAUUUGGAAGAAAAAAUAGCAAAAGAAAAGGAAAAGGGACAUGUUCCAUUUUAUGUCAGUGCCACGGCUGGGACCACAGUGUAUGGAGCAUUUGAUCCUCUUGACAGGAUUGCUGACAUUUGCGAGAAAUAUGGACUCUGGAUGCAUGUUGAUGCUGCAUGGGGUGGAGGGUUGCUGUUGUCAAAAAAACACCGGAUUAAGAUGAAUGGCAUUGAAAGGGCUAACUCAGUGACUUGGAAUCCUCAUAAAAUGAUGAGCGUUCCGCUACAGUGUUCUGCAAUUCUCUUUCAGGAGAAGGGUCUCUUGCAAGCUUGCAACCAGUUCUGUGCUGAUUAUCUCUUUCAACCAGACAAAUUUUAUGAUAUAACUUAUGAUACAGGAGACAAGACUAUUCAGUGUGGCAGACACGUUGAUAUAUUUAAACUAUGGCUCAUGUGGAAGGCAAAGGGUACAUGUGGUUUUGAGCUUCAAAUUAACAGAUGUCUGGAAAACGCAGAGUACAUGUACAAACAGUUAUCCUGUAGAGAAAACUUUGAACUUGUCUUCCCUGAUGCGCCAGAACAUACCAAUGUCUGUUUCUGGUAUAUACCACCCAGUCUGAGAGGUAUAGCAAGGGACAAGGAAUGGAAUGCUAAAUUGCAUAAGGUUGCUCCAAAGAUUAAAGCACUAAUGAUGGAAAAGGGGACUGUAAUGGUCAGUUAUCAGCCAUUUAAAGAAAAAACAAACUUUUUUCGGAUGGUGUUUUCAAAUCCUGCUUCUAAAAUAUCUGAUGUAGAUUUUCUUUUGGAUGAAAUUGAAAGACUGGGACUUGAGUUAGAGGUUUCAUUUUAAAAAUGGUGCUUUCUAAAUCUUUAUCGCAGAGGUAAAGAUUUGCCUUAUAGGUGCUUUUUUAUCAAAAUUAAUUGAGUCCAUUAGACACACAUAAACAGUAGUUUCUCAUAUAUUUAAGUAUCAGACUGAAUCUCCAUUUGCUGCAAUGCAGGACAUACAGUAUUGACCCAAGAUCAUGCAUGCACAGUAACACUGCUGUGAUGGAACACAAGCAGCAUAAUCUUUCACCACUACUGUUAGUAAAUGUUAAGAAUUGUGGGUCAGCUGAAGUCUGGAGCAGCCGUCCUAGCACCACAGCAAUAAUGAAUUGGCUGAGUAGAUUUGGAGCUGUCAAUGCUAAUUGCAGUGAGUCAGAUACUUCAUUUGUAGGAGUCAACAGAUUUAAUGAUAAAUAGGAUAUUUACUAGCAAUCUACAACAGAUGUAGUUUUGUUAAAUGGAAGUUUAUUUUCAGAUUCUCUUUAUAUUUAUAGAUGUGUAUUUUUCUUUUUUAAUCUUAUGUUAUGUAUAAUAACCAUGAUUACAUUGUAUUAAGGUCCCUAUAAGGUAUUUUAACUUUUAUACAAUUUCAAAAUAAACCUAAAACUGUAGUUUAAUAGAACAGAUUAUUAAUUUAAUGCCUUGUUCCAUGCUUUAACGUACUGUAUGCAGGGCCAUCUUUUUGUAUGGGGUCAAUGGACAGUUGCUUAAGGACCCCAGGAGUAUAAGGGUCCUAGGCUUAUAGCUGAGGGUCCCCUUUUUCCAGGGAUACCAGAUUUUUUAAACUUGGCCCUGGGAAACCGGAGAUAUCUGAGUUCAAAGCAGUGGUCCCCAUCCAAGCCUGUUAUUUGCACUUCCCAGCCAGAUAUCUGGGGUUCUGUCUGACUUGGAGUUUUUCUGAGGGUAUGCUCCAAAAACUGUGACUCUCCCAGUGGACAGUGGCAGCUUGUCUCUGCUGUAUCCAAAACCAGAGAUAUUAGCCUUCCAGCAGCUGGUCCCUGCUCCAGCUUAACACGCCUGGUAUGCAGUUUUAUAUUUUCAUUGUGGAUUGCUCUGGCUUUUGAACUCUGAUCCCCAAGUCCCCAGUACCUCCUGAAAGGUGGGACUCUCUAGUUUUUUAUCCCUAAGAAAUCUAUCUCCAGGAACUGGAGAUAUCUGCAGUCAAGCAAGCUGCUUUCCCACUGGAAAAUUAUGAAUUUCCACCCCUCCGCUGUGUAUUAUUACACCCACUCCCUCCCACCCCAUCUCCCACCAUCUCUCACCAUCUGUGCAGUAAAGGAGUAAUUAGCAAUAAUUACUGCUCCAGCUUCAACAUGCUGAGUGAAAGAUAGAAUACCCCUUUCUGCCUGCGGGACAACAAAGCUGCCGCUGACAGCACCCCCACCCCUUCCGCUGGAGGAUGGGUUGGGGGCCCACUGCAUUGCUUUGCCCAGGGGCCUACACUGCUGUUAAGAUGACCCUGACUGUGCGAUGUGUACUUGAUGUGGGGCAUUUAGUAAAGGUUCGAUUUGUUUUUCAGCGUAACAGAAUAUAUUUGCAUUAUCUGUAUUUUAUUUUUGUUUAAAGAUUUUAUAUUGUCUAUUUGUAUUUAACCGUUUGAAAUAAUAAAAGUAAAAAGUUA